AUGAGUUUCGAAACGAUUCUCUACUCUGCCAUAGUUCUUCUCUUUAUUUUCCUAGUAUUCCUUUUCAUCACCGCUUCCCUCAUCGUUCGUCGCUCCAAACAAAGCAGUGUGAAUCUGCAGACGGUGGUGGUGACUCAGGAGAAUCCCUAUGUCACGAUGACCAGUCGAUCAUCGAAAAUGGAAAUCCCAGUUAUUCUUCCGAAGAAGCUGAAUAUGGCUGACAACGAUCACAAGCACCUACCGCCGCACAAUCCUCCUCCACCGGUUCCACAUCAUCAUCAACCAAAUACUCAUUCCACUCACCAUAGCUCUGCAACGAUUUCUUCGGUUACAAGUAGCCUCAACACCACGACUAGCAAGAAGCCAGCUGUCGCCGCUCCUCCUGCACCAACACUGAAUAAGACGGUGGAAAGCGCCAGUUCCGGACGUGUGAUGCAGUUGAAUGGACAUGUUGGAUUCGACUCUCUUCCUCAUCAACUUGUCAAGAAGGCUGUAGAAGCUGGAUUUCAAUUCAAUCUCAUGUGCGUCGGAGAGACGGGAAUGGGAAAAACGACGCUGAUAGAAUCCCUAUUCAAUAUGAAACUCGACUUCGAGCCGUGUAAUCACGAGUUGAAAACUGUUGAAUUGAGAACGAAAACUUAUGACGUUGCUGAAGGCGGAAUUCGAGUCAAACUGCGAUUGGUAGAGACUGCCGGGUUUGGAGAUCAGCUCGACAAGGAUAAGAGCGCCAAAGUGAUUGUUGACUAUUUGGAGUCACAAUUUGAAACGUAUCUACAGGAAGAGCUGAAGCCACGUCGUAUGCUUCAAUAUUUUGACGAUUCGAGAAUCCAUGCGUGCCUAUACUUCAUCUCGCCAACCGGCCAUGGACUGAAAGCCCUUGACUUGGUCACUCUUCGUGAAUUGGCAAAACGUGUGAAUGUGAUUCCAGUUAUAGCGAAAUCCGACACGACAUGCAAAGACGAAUUGCUCAGAUUCAAAGCAAAGAUUCUGAGUGAGCUCAAGGCGCAGAAAAUCGAGAUUUAUUCAUUCCCAACCGACGAUGAGACAGUCUCAUCAACGAACCAAGCAAUGAACACCGCAGUUCCUUUCGCUGUCGUUGGAAGUUGUGAUUUUGUGAAAAAAGAGAACGGACAAAUGGUUCGGGCUCGCCAGUACCCAUGGGGUAUAGUAGAAGUGGAGAACGAGCAACACUGCGAUUUCGUCAAACUUCGCGAAGCUCUUCUACGAACCAACGUCGAUGAAAUGAGACAACGAACUCAUGAAUCACUAUACGAGAAUUAUCGUCGCGAUCGACUUCGACAAAUGAAGAUUGGAGAUGGGGAAACUGGACCGAAGAUUAUCGAAAAACUCGCACAGAAACAUCGCGAGUACCAAGAUGAGUUCAGUCGUCGGGAGUUGAGCCUUCGCGAGGAAUUCCAGAAGAAACUCGAUUCAACAGAAGCGGACAUGCGGAAAGUGGAGGAAGCAUUGGCAGCACGCGAGAGAGAAGUUCAAGAUGAGCAUGAACGAGAGGCGAAGAAACUGGACGCAGAGAUUCGUCAGUUGACCGAAGAGCGUAUGAAGUUGAUGGCGAAGGUGUCGAAGAAGCUGAGAAAGUGA